AUGGGGGGCGUAGGAACCGCACCCAGUGAAAUUCCACCUGCACCGGUCAGUCACGCAGAAGUACAAUCGGAGGAGGGAUCUCCCUCGGCGACCGCGCCAUCGGAGACCUCGGUACCAGAUUCGGCGGAGCUCGACGCUGUCGCUGCCCAUUACGACUCCGACCCUGAGGAGCGUAAGAAAAGGGCCAGCCAAGAAGAGACAACCCAUGAGGGGAGUGGCAAAACGGAGAGGACGCCCGAGGAGGAGCCGGUGUCUCAUGAAGUGGAAAGGGAGGAAAUAGAUCUGAACGAAUCAGCCCAGAAGCGGUCGUUGAUGACAGAUGAGGAGUUUGAUUCCAUCUUGAACCAAGUAGGCCAAGCAGCGGAAGCUACUGCCUCGGAGGCUGAGGGUCUAGACCUCGCUUCGAAGGCAGUAGGCAUGAGCGAGGAAACAAAGGGAGUAAGUGAACCAGAAAGCCCGGCAUACCAGUUGGAAGAAGAGGAGGACAAUACGAUUACGGAAGCCAAGGAAACAGGAACAGAGACAGCAGAACCAGAGGUAGAAGCAUCCACCCUAGUGGCACCUCAGGGCGCACCCCAAUUCUGCGCAAUGGGAGAAGAAGCUAUACCGACUGGGAGAUCAGCAGCAGCCAGGGAGGAAUCAACGCAAGAGCAGCGUCAAGAAAGGAUAGAGAAGGCUGUGGACGAGAUAGCGGAGGAACACAAACAGAUGAGAUCAGAAAUGACACGGUUAGCAUCAGUAAUGGAAGGGAUCCUGAAGGAGUCUGCAGGACAGACGAGGCAGAGUCAGAAGCAAGAAGCUUUGGAGACGAUUUUUACCCGGCUAGGAGAGGAAAACCACCGGUGA